CCGCCGCCGCUGGUGUGUGAAUAGAGCGUUGACAUACUCGUGUUUUUUUUUUUUUUUUCCCUCCAAGUUUCCAGCAUGCACUCGAUCCGCUGCCUACUAGCGCACGCGGCACUUUGCUUUUCAGGCAAACGUUUUUAGUGGCUUGUGGUAUUUCUUUUUUUUUUUUUUUUUUUUUUUGAAGGGGGCGGGUUUUUUUUUUUCAUUCUUUUUUUUUUUUUGUAUUUUAUUCUCUGUUUCGAUGUGCUCGGACUUGUCCAAAGCUUUGCUUUCCGGGACUUUUCCUGAUCGUUCGUUUUGCUCGUCUUGUUUUGGAUUUUUCAUUUUUUCUUACUUUUUUAUUCGCCGCCGGGAGGACCGUCUUCUUUUCCGCGUCCGCACGGAUGAACAGACGUUCCCUCCCCCUCUCGCUCCCCCCUGCAGGACGGACGGCGGAAGGAUGACCGGCAAAACCCAAACGAGCAACGUGACCAACAAGAAUGACCCCCGCUCGCUCAACUCUCGCGUCUUCAUCGGCAACCUCAACACGGCCAUCGUCAAGAAGACGGACAUUGAGGCGCUCUUCGCCAAGUACGGCAAGAUCGCCGGCUGCUCCGUGCACAAGGGCUACGCCUUCGUGCAGUACGUCAACGAGCGCAACGCCCGCGCCGCCGUGGCCGGCGAGUACGCGCGCGUCAUCGCCGGACAGCCUCUCGACAUCAACAUGGCCGGCGAGCCCAAACCGUACCGACCAAAAGCCGUCUCCAAGAGGCCUCUCUCGGCCGUCUACGGCUACGAGUUUGACUACGAGUACUACAGAGAUGACUUUUACACCCGGCUUUUGGACUACCACGGGCGAGUGGCUCCGCCCCCACGUGCCGUCAUCCCCCUGAAGCGUUCGCGCGUGCUAGCGGCGUCCUCGCGCCGCGUCAAGGCCUCCUUCCCCGUCAAGACGUCCUCUUCGUCAUCGUCCACGUCCUCCAGACCUCCUACUUCGUCCUCCUCCUGCUCUGCCGCCGUCAAACCAGUGAAGACGGAGCAGCUGCAGACCAUCAAACGCGAGCUGACUCAGAUCAAAAGCAAGAUCGACGCCCUGCUGCUCCGUCUUGACAAAAUCGAGAGCGCGCAGCAGCGAGACGAGUCUGACGCUCAACGGAAUUACGAGGACGAGUCUGAUGCGGCGGAAAACUCUGGCGAGGAUUGUGGAGGCGGCGCGCCCACGGACGCCGAGGCCGGCGAGAUGAGCGACGGCGGCGACUACGAAGACGAAGAGGAGGAGGAAGGCGCUCAUCAUCUGAUAGAAAACCACGUUUCCGACAUCGACAACUGAGGACCAGGACGCCAAAAAAUUCCGGUCGGGACUGGAAGAGACUGGAUGAAAAUCAAAUGGAUCCAAUAUAAGAUGAGAAGAAAAGUUAGAGAAAGAAGCAGAAGGUUGUCUUCUGCAUUUCACCUCACACUUGGCCUAAACUGGAUCUAUUUUUCAGUUAUGUCUUUUAACAGGUGCCAAAACUAAAAAUUCACCAAUUCACCGGUCUCAUUUUAUCUGGCCUAUUACGUCACUGACACGUAUGGGGGUGUUUGUUUACAAUACUUGAGAUGUCAACACGUGCCAAAAAAAUAUAUUUUUUUUUUGUCCUCACCAAAAUUUACAUUUCGCAUAUUUGAUUCAUGUUAUUAAUGGUUUAGUAAUACUGUAAUUUUUGGACUGCAAACCAAAUUCAACAAGAAAACAGUAGUCAAAUAUAAACUGAUUAAACUAUAUAUAAACUAAACUAUAUAUAAACUAAAAAAUGACAUAUACAGUGGUAUGAAAAAGUAUCUGAACCUUUUGGAAUUUCUCACAUUUCAGCAUAAAAUCACCAUAAAAUGUGAUCUGAUCUUUGUCAAAAUCACACAGAUGUAAAAACUGCUUUAACUAAAACCACCCAAAUGUUUAUAGGUUUUCGCAUUUUAAUGAGGGUAGCAUGCAAACCAUGACAGAAGGGGGGAAAAUAAGUAAGUGAACCCUCUACCUUAGGAGACCUAGAGGAAUUGAAACCAAUUUUAGUCAGGUGUGUACCCAAUCACUGAUGAGUGGUUUAAAGCUGCCCUGCCCACUAUAAAACACACAGCUGGUAAGAAUUGUCUUGUUAAGAUCUGAUGUCUGAUGUGCAUCAUGACUCGAUCAAAAGAGCUGUCUGAAGACCUGCGAUCAAGGAUUGUUGAUUGUAUAAAGCUGGGAAAGGAUACAAAACCAUCUCUAAAAGUCUGGAUGUUCAUCAAUUGACAGUCAGAGAAGUUGUCCACAAAUGGAGGGAGUUUGGCACUUCUGCUUCUCUCCCAAGGAGUGGCCUUCCAUCAAAGAUGACGCCAAGAGUUCAGAACAGAAUACUCAGAAAGGUAAAAAAAGAACCCUAGAGCAGACAUGUCCAAAGUCCGGCCCGGGGGCCAAAUGCGGCCCGUGGUCAAAUUUCAUCCGGCCCCCAGCCUCUGUCAUAAAAUCAAUAACAUCUGGCCCGCACACAGACUUAAUAAAUUGGUCAGCAGUACUGCAACCAGCAUAUGAAGUAGCUUACACACGAAAUGCUGCUGCUCAUUUACCCACUAAAAGACAGCAGCACUUUAACCCUGUAUUGCCAAAUGUAUCGCAUUUGAUACACCUAAAAUUUCAUGAUUUUCAGACUAAUUUAGAAUUUUGACAUUUCUUUUUGAAAAAAAAAAAAGAUGAAUCUGCAGGUUCCAUGAGAAAAAAACAUGAUUUAGCAUGGGUUAUAGAUAUUAGAGCACUUAUUACACAUAUUCCUUUUGACUUUUCUUUUGACUAAUUUGUAAAAAAGGUUUCAUUAGGACCUCAUUUUUCAAAUUUUGGGAUUUUCUGAUAAUUGCUUCAUGUUGCAGGUAUUUAAGGGCUAAGCAACAUUACUCCGUGUGACCCUCUACUUCCAAUUUUCUAAAAUGGCGACAAUCAACAAAAAAAAAGUUGAAUGUGACGGCCGACGCUUCAAGGACAGGUGGAAAUUGGAAACAUGGAACAGCUCACCAACAUCAACACCGGGAAGCAUAGUGGAGGAAGCAUCAUGAUUUGGGGCUGUUUUGCUACCUCAAGGCCUGGACAACUUCCAAUCAUUAAUAGAAGAAUGAAUUCAAAAGUUUUGCAGGAAAACAUGAGGCCGGCUGUCAGACAGUUGAAGCUGGAUGCUGCAACAAGACAAUGAUCCAAAACACAGAAGUAAAUCAACUUCAGAACGGUUUCAGAAGAACAAAAUACACGUUCUGGAGUGGCCAAGUCAAAGUCCAGACUUGAACCCCACUGAGAUGCUGUGGCAUGACCUAAAGACAGCGAUUCAUCCCAUGAAUCUGACUGAACUACAGCAGUUUUGUAGAGAGGAAUGUGCCAAGAUUAGUCCUGAUCAAUGUGCCGGACUGAUCUGCAGCUACAGGAAGCGUCUGGUUGAAGUUAUUGCUGCCAAGGGGGGGGAUAUUAAAUUUGAUGGUUCACUUACUUAUUUUUCCCCCCUUGUCAUUGUUUGCAUACUAUACUCAUUAAAUGCAAAAACCUAUAAAUGUUAACGUGGUUUUAGUUAAACCACACUUUUCAUCUGUGUGAUUCUGACAAAGAUCAGAUCACAUUUGGUGAGAAAUUCCAAAAGGUUUACUUUUUUUUACCACUCUAUGCAGUAUUGCAUUUUUUUAAAGCCAUGAAUCCUUAUUUAAAAUAAGAAAAAAUACAUGUUUACAUAUUUUAUUCUGCACAUUUAUACUGUCACAAAGAGUUAAAAAGAUGCACGCAUUAUUGUGCUUUUUAAUUUAACCAACAUCAACAUUCAGCUAUUUAGCGGGAAAUGCCAUCGACUGACUUCUUGCUGUUAAUUCCGCCAAAAUCUCUUUCCGGUAAAGGUCACGCUACAGGCACUCAUCUCUCAAAUCAAUCAACAAACGGAUAUUUGCGUAAAGCCACACCUUAGCAACGCAACUCAAGAUUACAUUAAAUGUUUUUUUUUAUCCCCUUUUGAAGUGGUCACCAUGGAAACAGCAGCUCAAUGAAAAAAAAAAUGCUUCAAGUGAGACGGACAAGCAUUGUACAGAAAAAUGUACAUUUUUUUGUACAAUAUUUUUAUCAAAAGGCAUGUUAAUUGUACUUUGUAUUUUAAGUCUAUCUACAAACUACAGUGAAAAUAUUUAAAUGACAUCUGUUGAAAGGAAAAGAAACGUUGCUGUGUAUAUAAAACUACUUGUUCCAAUUAAGUCAAUAAAAUUUGUGUCACGUUGAA